CAGGCAGGGGGAAAAGAGCGUGGAAAGAGAAGAGAAACCGAAGCGACCGGUGAGGUUUUUGCUCCCCAAUCCCCCCCUCUCGCCUGGACUCCGCCGCCGCAUCCUCCCCCUCCGCCCAAACCCUUCUCCCAUCCGGCAACGCCGCCGCCGCAGCGGCGUUGCAUCCGCCCGGAUGGCCAGCGCCGGCGGUGGGGGUGGGGCGACGGGCGAGAUCCCGGAGGUUGAUAUGGAGGUCGUGGAGAGGCCGCCGGAGGAGCCGGGGCGGGUCGGCCUGAAGAGGGUUAGGGAUCCGCAUAGCGCCCUGGGUUCCUACGGUUUUUAUGGAGUGACUACUGCCGAGAAGAAACCAAUGUUGCAACCUCAUGUUAAUGCUCUGAGAUUGAGUAGCCCUUCUCUUGGUGAAUAUCCGGAGAAUAAAACAAAAAGGGUCACCAAAAUAUGUACCUUUUACGCUCAAGGUUGGUGCCAGAAUGGAAAGAAUUGCACUUUUCUUCAUGACAGAGAGGGUUUUGGUUCUGCAAAGGCUGGUCUGCUUGCACCAGCUGGUUCUGGGAAUCAUCGAGGUUCUGAAGAAGGAUCCCAAGUACAACAUCAAUCCAACUUGAAAGUGCCUCAGUUCAAGUAUGCAGAGGGUUCAUCGAAACAUGAGCUAUAUCGGAGCCUUGUUCAUGUGUAUGGUGAAGAUAAUGAGAGGUUGGCACAUCUUGCUGAUAAACAAAACCUUACCACUCCAGGGGUUUCACAAGGGCUCCCUGGCAGUAUUGAUGAUUCAUUUACUAAAAGGCCGACUGCUCCUAUAAAUGAGCUGGUGCGGAGUCUAGUAGUUCAUGAGAAGAACCACAAACCUUUCAUGGGACACCCUAUUGGUUUGGCUGCUGAAACAAGAAGAUACCUUGACGUGAACACCUUAAAUUCAGACCACCAGUUUCAAUCAUCUGGCAUGUCUAUUUCGUCCGAUACUCUCCAAUUCCGUGAGAAGCUGUCAGCUUAUGGUGGAACAACAGAUAAUCUUCCCAACACACAUCAGAAAGAACAUCGUUCAAGCCAUGCCUCAUAUAGUUCAUGUAACUUAACAGGAUUCAGAAAUCUAGGCUAUGCUACCUCUGAAAUUUCCUUAGGAAGCCCAAGUCUCCGAGCAACUUCUCAGCUGGGAAUACAGUCCCAUCAUCUGUUCAGAACUGGUAUUGAGAAGGUUAAUCUCCAUAGACAUAUUGAUGUUGACAAGGGCUGUGGUACUUCUAGACCUGCACUACUUUCAAGCAGUUCACUUGACCCUUCUAUCAUAUCAGCUGGGCCACUUUCUCCAAUCAAGGAUGAGGUCUGGGAAACGUCAGUGCCUUUUGUACCUUCUUUUAGUUUUCCAACACCUCCAGGAAGUCCAUAUGACCCAUUCGUUGACUGUAUUGAACCUCCUAAAGUUGGGAAUACAGAUAAUCUGAAGUCGUCCAAUAUAUCCUUCAGUAUUUCAAGUCAGCAUACAAAUCCGGAUGUCAUCACUGAUAAAUCACUGAAUCGCGAUGACAAGUUAACCAGGAAUAUGUCUGCCAUAGGAGCAAAUGGACCUGCAUGCUUGAUUGCAUCUGAUAGAGGACGCAGCUCUAGCCUGGACGUUAAUAACAGGGUGAAAGCUUGUGACAGAAAAAAUAAUGUAGGUAGUAGCGAUGAGAAAGCAAGAGACUUUCGUUUUCAUUUGGCAGAACAUAUAAAGGACUUGAUCAAACCAAUAUGGAAGGAAGGUAAUCUGAGUAAAGAUGCUCAUAAACAGGUAGUGAAAAAAAGUGUUGAAAAAGUUGUUGAUUCAAUUGAGCCAAAUCAAGUACCAACUACUAAAGAGAUGAUUGCCAAAUAUAUUACCACCAAUGGAUCAAAGAUAGAAAAACUUGUGAAGGCAUCGUACAGCAUGAGAUCCAAGCUUCUAAAUGUUGAAUUACUGCUCGACCAAGAUUGGAGCUUAGACUUGAUGUCGAUGGGAGCUUGAGCCUCAUGUCCCGCCAAUCUGGUUGACCUACGUUUGUAGGUGCAAGAAGUUUUUAUUGGAAAAAGAUUGAGCAUUCUUAAUUGACAACAGAUGCAAAAGCCCAAAAAGUCUCAGGGGAGCUGCCAUAGGAAAGAGCAAUUGAUACUUGGUGUAAGUAGUGAUUGAUUGCUUCUCUACCCCCUUCAGUAAUGGCACACGAUGCUUGCCAAAGAUUUCAAUGUGGCGAUGGAUGGAAACUUCAGAAUCCUGCGGUUCAGAUGGAUAUUUGCAUAUAAACUGGUUGCUCCCAGGAUGCUCAACUAAAUUAAACUUUGUCCACACUCUCAUGUGCUCCAUUCUCUUGCAGUGACGAGGUUGAGUGAAUUGUACCCAUUUAAUCGUGCUCAUUGAUCUGGAUGGUAUGUACAGGCACACUGUGCUUCCCAAAGAUUUCAAUGUGGCAAUUGAUGGAAACUUCAGAUUCCUGUGGUUCAGAUGGAUAUUUGCAUAUAAACUUUUGCUCCCAGGAUGCUCAACUGAAGUAAACUUUGUCCACACUCUCUCCUGCAGUGACGGUCCAUUCUCCUGCAGUGACGGGGUUGAGUGAAUUGUUAGAAUUUAGAUAAUUGAAUGCGCAUUCUUAUAAAAUGCAUUAGGUACAGAAUUUACUUAUUAGCGGGAUGCAUGAACUUAUAGCAAAUGUAGAUCGCUAGCAUUUAGUACCGAAUGUACUUUGCCUUGUUAUUUCCACAAGAGGAAGAACGGUUCAGGAGUAAUCAGAUUCUGUUGUGUAUGUGAACCUGUUCAGACUAGCCAUGAAGAAUAUUGUUCUUUGUGAACCAUUCUGUUUAAUACAUUAAGAAUAUUGUUCUUGCUUUGUGAA